AAAAAUCCAGAAGUCAAAAGUCUCAAGUCCCAUCCAUCGAUCAGUUGCCUUUUAGAAGUUCCUGCCGAUCUGUCAGCUACAAUGGAGCAUUGGAAUCCCGAGACUUCAGGAAUGCCUCUGAGCCACAUGGUGCGUCCCCAGGGAUUCGGUUUGGAGCAACUGCGUCGGACACUUGGCCAUUCGGCCAUUAGGGAGCAGUGCUACUUCAUCUACGGCACCAACAACGUCCUGGAGAUCAUCGUGGGAUUCGAGCAACUGCUCAGCCAGGAGGAGAUCGAAUUUGGAGCAGAGCAAUUGGCAGCGGUGCAUGUGGCGGGGAUAAUGGUCUAUCUGUUGCAUCACGAGGAUCUGGCCGGGACCCAGGUGAAGAGGACACUCUUCCUCCAGAGAUGCUUCGAUUAUCUGGCCUGCACCGAGGCCACACACGUGCAUCAGUUGUGCGUGGAGAUCCUGACCCUGCUGGAUGCCCACGAUUCCAGCGUGAUGCUCAACAUGAUCCUGUGCUGCCGCAUGGCCAGUCCCCUGAGCACCAUGGCCCGGGUGGUGGGCACCUGCCUGCUCUGGGCCCUCCUCGAUCGCCUCACCGAUCUCGGCCUGGACUCUCACCACAUGCGUCCCUACGCCACCCUUCUCCUCGUGGUGGCUGUUGUGAAUCCUGGUGUCUAUCUGGAAUCCUACUUGCAUGCCCUCCAUCUGGUGGUGCGUUUGAUUUCCUCACUUCUGGUCCUGGGACCACUGGGCGGACAGCCGCAGAAGUUGUGCCACGAGGCGGGCAUACCGGAGGAGGUGAUGCAACUCACCAAGGACGACUCGGCGAUCAUAUUCCGCUGGCUGAUGGCCAUCGUGGAAGAGCUGCGACCCCAAAUGGUGAUGGGCAACGAUCUGGGGCAUCUCGAGGAGCGUCUGGUGCUGCUGGAGGCGGUCUGCGAGCUGAUGCAGUUGCUCCACGGCCACAUGAUCAAGUUCUACCAGGAAGCCAAGAACCUACCGGCGGCUCCCAAGGAUGGCGGUUCCAACAAAAACGUUGAAAAGUGGCGCUAGGAGAGGAGUUUUGUUUACAAAACUAUAACUGUAACUGAAGAGAGUUGCCAGAUCGGGGCAAGGGAGAGAAAAACCCAACUACGGUCACUCGAAAGCCAAUUAUUUGAGGUUAUGUUUGAGAAUUCUAUGGAAACACUUCAGUUACGAUUAAAAGUUAUUACUUUUCAUGGGAUUUCACAUCCAAAUAUCAAAUAACCACUGCACUCUUCACACAAGUAUCCUAUUUUACACCACUACUCACAAAAAGCAAGAAAUAUACUGUUAAAUAUUGAUAUUUUAACAAAAUAAAGCCGUAAUCGUGUUUGGAA